GGACGCGGCCUCCGCGAUAGCACGGAUCAUGGACGCCGAUACCGUGGACGCCGUCGGCCAGGCGGCCGAGGUGCUCGUCAAGACCAGCAACGAGUUUAACGUGCCGGGCAUACUGCUCGCGAUCGGCGACGCGACCGGCCAGCCCGUUAACCUCGUCGUGUUCGCCCUGACGAUCGCGACCCUGUUUGCGUUCUGGGUGCUGACGAGGUGCCUCGGCUUCGGCGGCGGCGGCGGCGGCGGGUCGUCGAACACGGGAUCCUCGUCGGGGGAUUGCGUGCUGAUCACGGGCGCGUGCGGUGGGGGCAAGACGGCGAUGUUCCAGACCCUCCGAUCCGGCGAGGUCUUCCUCGACAGGACGGUCACCAGCAUGGACGUCAACGAGGCGCGGAUCGAGGUCAGAUCGGAGAAGCUCGGAAAGUCGAAGAGGGCGAGGCUGGUGGACCUCCCGGGUCACCCAAGGCUCCGCGCUAAGUUGGACAGAUACGCGAACGGCGCCAAGGCGAUCAUCUUCGUCGUCGAUGCCGUCGACUUCACCUCCCAGAGACGCGCGGUCGCCGAGCAUCUCUUCGAGAUCCUGUCGCACCCCGUCGUGCAGAAGCGGCGCUGCCCCAUCAUGAUCGCGUGCAACAAGAGCGAGAAGAUCACCGCGCAUCCGGCGGAUUUCGUCCGGAAGAGGCUCGAGAAAGAGAUCGAGGCGCUGCGAACGACGCGGGGCACGUUGGAGGACACCGGUGGAGGCGAGUCGGUCACGGGCUCCGUCGGGCUGGACGGCGCGGAGUUUGCGUUUGAGCACCAGCGAUCAAACAAGGUGGAGGCGGCGGGGUGCGCCGUGGCGGGGAACGACCUGGAGUCGGUGCGCGAGUUCAUCGUCCGGCGCGGAUGAGAGUCGCGAGUCGCGGCUCGGUCGAAACAUUUUUUCAUCGGUGAUGUUGAACUCUCUACCGUCGGCGGCGGCGGGGCGUCCCCCGGCGCUUCGCCGGCGUCUAUGUUUUACAGCGUUG